AUGCAGUUGAAGAACCUCCUCGUGGCCGCCUGUAUGGCCCUCCCCGCCCUCGCCGGUUCUACCAACAGCACCGACAUUGCACCCAAGCUCCAGACUCGUCUGGCUCAGAUCGACAUCGGCUACAAGACUACUUUCCUAAAGUUGAACCGCGCAGUCAACGGCCGCGGCAACACCACCAUCGAUGACGUCGUCACCAGCUACAAGAACACCGCCGCAACUGAGGACAGCGCUCUUAACCAGAACCAGCCUACCAUGGCUCUGUCUGAGUCCUCCCAGCUCGUUCUCUGCCAGGCUUACCACUCUCUCGCUCUGAGCGGUAUCGAGCUCAACGACGCUUUCGUCGAGCACCUCAACUACUUCAACAACACCCAGCGCAGCAGCGUCGAGUCGACCCUCUCGAAGGUCAGCUCUGAGACUAGCCGUUUCUCUACCCAGGUUGCCCGCAAGGCUCUGUCUAUCUGCUACGACACUAUCCGUCAUGACGAGAUGGUCAUCAACAACUCUCUUCAGGAGGCUAUGGCCGCUCUGCGUCCCUCCAACGCUACUCACUAA